GGUGGGACACUCGCCCCUGAAGAAGCAAACAGGCGAAACCUAGGUCGGGCAGAUCUAUGUGUGUGGAGGUUUUAUUCAAUGCUUAUAAUCUUACUUCUAUUCCCAGUCCACCGUGAUAUGGGAACACUGGCUGUAUCCAGGCGGCAGCUCAUCAGGACUGGCUUAUACAUUGUGGCAUCCUCUGCUUAGCUACAGUUCUUUUACAUCACCACAGAUCAGCAAGAACAAAACGUCACAUCAGGCCACCAAGAAGGAGACGCCAGCAUGGUUAAUACUGGAGAGAUAAAUGGUUCCAGCAACCUUAUGGAUUUCCUUGAUGAACCCAUUCCAGAUGUUGGGACAUAUGAGGAUUUCCACACCAUUGACUGGUUGAGGGAGAAGUCACGGGAUACAGAUAGACAUAGAAAGAUUACCAGCAAAAGCAAAGAAUCUGCUUGGGAAUUCAUCAAAGGACUUCUAGAUGCAUGGUCGGGAUGGGUCGUCAUGCUUCUUAUUGGCCUGCUGGCAGGUACUUUAGCAGGUGUCAUAGACUUGGCAGUGGACUGGAUGACUGACCUAAAAGAGGGAAUAUGUCUUGAUGGGUUCUGGUAUAGCCAAGAACAGUGCUGCUGGACAUCAAAUGAAGCCACCUUUGAUAACCGGGAUAAAUGUCCUCAGUGGCAGAAAUGGUCUGAACUGAUGAUCGAAAAAUCAGAGGGUGCCAGUGCUUAUAUCUUAAAUUAUUUCCUUUAUAUUAUGUGGGCUUUGACCUUCGCUUUUCUGGCUGUUUCCUUGGUUAGAGUCUUUGCUCCUUAUGCGUGUGGCUCUGGAAUUCCCGAGAUAAAAACCAUCCUCAGCGGUUUCAUAAUAAGGGGUUACCUGGGAAAAUGGACACUGUUGAUAAAAACAGUGACUUUAGUGCUGGUGGUAUCUUCAGGAUUGAGCCUCGGAAAAGAGGGACCUUCAGUGCAUGUUGCAUGCUGUUGUGGCAACCUGUUCAGCAGCCUGCUGUCUAAGUACAGCAAGAAUGAAGGGAAGAGGAGGGAAGUACUCUCAGCAGCAGCGGCAGUAGGAGUCUCUGUUGCCUUUGGAGCUCCAAUUGGUGGUGUGCUUUUCAGUUUGGAAGAGGUCAGUUACUAUUUUCCGCUAAAAACCCUGUGGCGUUCCUUUUUUGCUGCUCUUGUGGCUGCAUUUACCCUGAGAUCAAUCAACCCGUUUGGGAACAGUCGUUUGGUUCUCUUUUAUGUGGAAUACCAUACUCCUUGGUACAUGGCUGAGCUAUUUCCUUUCAUUCUCUUGGGUGUUUUUGGAGGACUUUGGGGAACCCUCUUCAUUCGCUGCAACAUUGCUUGGUGCCGCAGACGCAAGACCACAAGCCUUGGCAAGUACCCAGUACUGGAAGUCAUUGUGGUCACAGCAAUUACGGCCAUUAUAGCUUACCCAAACCCAUACACCCGAAGAAGCACAAGUGAACUCAUCUCGGAGCUCUUCAAUGACUGUGGAGCUCUUGAAUCUUCUCAACUCUGUGAUUACAUUAAUGAUAUCAACAUGACCAGACCUGUGGAUGACAUCCCGGAUCGACCAGCUGGUCCAGGAGUUUACACUGCCAUGUGGCAAUUGGCUUUAGCUCUUGUUUUUAAAAUUGUUAUCACUAUUUUCACAUUUGGCAUGAAGAUCCCAUCUGGUCUAUUUAUUCCAAGCAUAGCAGUGGGAGCUAUAGCUGGUCGCAUAGUCGGUGUUGGAGUUGAGCAGCUUGCCUACCACCACCAUGACUGGAUCAUCUUUAGGAACUGGUGCAGACCAGGAGCAGAUUGUGUCACUCCAGGCCUCUAUGCUAUGGUGGGAGCUGCAGCUUGCCUAGGUGGUGUCACUAGGAUGACCGUUUCCUUGGUUGUCAUCAUGUUUGAGUUGACGGGUGGUCUGGAGUACAUAGUACCAUUAAUGGCGGCCGCUGUCACAAGUAAAUGGGUUGCAGAUGCAUUUGGGAAAGAAGGAAUUUACGAAGCUCACAUCCAUUUAAAUGGAUACCCAUUCUUGGAUGUAAAGGAUGAAUUCACCCACAGAACUCUAGCAACAGAUGUCAUGAGACCUCGUCGUGGUGAGCCGCCGCUCUCUGUUCUUACUCAGGACAACAUGACAGUAGAAGAUGUGGAGACUUUAAUCAAAGACACAGAUUAUAAUGGUUUCCCCGUUGUGGUAUCCAGAGACUCAGAACGUCUGAUUGGCUUCGCACAAAGAAGAGAACUCAUAAUUGCCAUCAAGAAUGCCAGACAGAGGCAGGAUGGAGUGGUAAGCAACUCCAAUGUAUAUUUCACAGAAGACCCCCCGGAGCUUCCAGCUAACAGCCCUCAUCCUCUGAAACUAAGACGCAUUCUCAACCUAAGUCCAUUCACUGUCACAGACCACACACCCAUGGAGACUGUGGUGGACAUCUUUAGAAAACUUGGAUUGAGACAAUGUCUUGUUACUCGGAGUGGGAGGCUUCUGGGUAUUAUAACCAAAAAGGAUGUUUUAAGACACAUGGCUCAGAUGGCUAAUCAAGACCCAGAAUCCAUUAUGUUUAACUAGACUGUACAUUGCGUGUGGGAGGAAUGUUCUGCAGAAGUGCUGGAUGAAUCUGGAGGCUUUUCAGGAAGGGGAGCAAAAACAGAAAUGACGGUGGCUGACAUGAAGAACCUGAAACACGUCUCACCAGUAUGAUCAGCAGCCUAACAGUUAUGUGAGAUAUGCCCUCAGUAAUGGUCACUGACAGUUGCACGUCACUCGAGAUGCUCCCUUUUGCUUUGACUAUAAUGCAUGUAUGUGGCUGGAUGUAAAUUUCUCAAUAACAUUUUGAGGCUUUCAGAUCAUUUUUUAAUGAAAAUAAACUAUUACAAACCAAUGGACAGAUAUAUAGUAUUUAUGUUAGAUCUGAAUUCAGACUUGGUGAGAUUUAUUGAAAAAGAAUACCAGACUUUAUAACUUACAACAGGCAUGCUCAACCUGCGGCCCUCCAGCUGUUGCAAAACUACAACUCCCAGCAUCCCUGAACAGCCUACAGCUAUCAGCCUACAGCAGGGCAUUGUGGGAGUUGUAGUUUUACAACAGCUGGAGGCCCCAGGUUGAGCAUGCCUGACUUACAACAUGAAAGCCUGUUUUACAGCGGUACAUUUCUUAGAAUGCAUAGUUUGAGAGUCUCCUUCCUCGGAGUAGGUCACUUGGUCUUUUGUCAAGGUUGUAAUUUUAUAUAAUUUUAGAAAAGAGCAAAGUU